GCAAGCGUUACUAUGCUAUAUAAGGUGCAACGAUUACCAACCGAUUGCACAGUUAGUCGCCGGUUCGAUUUCUGUGUAGUGUUGUUGGCGUGUGUGUUGUGAUAUUGGAAUAAAGAUUUUAAUAAAAAUACUUUAAGAAAACGAAAAAACAAAAAUGUUGUUCAAAACUACAACAUUUUCAUUAGCCAUCGCCUAUUUUGUGUUAUGUGCAUUAACGUCGGAAGUUGGAGCCGGAGCUUGCAUUGUACCGGAACCACUUAAAGGACAAGAAAUGAAUUUGGUACGUGUGGAUGACGAAGCCUUACCCUCCGAUGUAGUCUUGCCCCGACCACGCCUAGACGGACGUAUUGUAGGCGGCUACAAUAUUAAUAUUACGGAUGCCCCACAUCAGAUUUCGCUGCAAACAAGUGGCGGACAUAUUUGUGGCGGUUCUAUAAUAGCGCCCCGUUGGGUGCUCACAGCUGCUCAUUGUACUGACGGUAAAACCGCUGAAAAGUUAAAGGUGCGUAUUGGCUCCUCAGAGGCAUCUAGCGGUGGCCAAUUGUUGCGUGUCAAAGAGAUUGUACAGCAUGAGAAGUUCAAUUACUCGAAUGUCGAUUAUGACUUCUCGUUGCUAUAUCUGGAAAAGGAAAUACAGUAUUCGGACAAUAAAAAGCCAAUUAAGUUACCAGACGAGAAAGAUCAAUUUAUGGAUGGCGAUAUUUGUUAUGUGACCGGCUGGGGUAAUACACAGAAUGCCAGCGAGUCACGUCAGUGGUUGCGGCAAGCUGAAGUACCGUUGUUCAAUCAUGAACUCUGCUCGGAGAAAUACAAGCAGUUCGGCGGCGUUACAGAUCGUAUGCUUUGUGCUGGUUAUCUGGAGGGUGGCAAGGAUGCCUGUCAAGGUGACUCAGGUGGUCCGCUGAUUACUAAGGAUGGCAUGUUGGUGGGUGUGGUAUCAUGGGGUUAUGGCUGCGCUAGACCCGAAUAUCCUGGUGUGUAUUCCCGUGUGCAAUUUGCGCGUCAUUGGAUACGCAAGCGUAGUGAAGUUUAAAUCGGGAUGAAAAAAGGGAAUUAUUGUAAAAACUGGCAGGGCUUCUUCGUUUCUUAAUUGUUUACCGACCGAAGAUUUUGAUUUAAAUCUUUAAAUGUUUAACUAAAAUUUAAAAUAAAAUAUAUAUCAAGCUAUAUCAGGGAAAACUUCAUAGCUGGAACUACAACAAUUUAAAAUAACCGUUAAAACGACUUCGCUUCUAAAUCUUUUUUAGCUCCGAAAUUUAGAUUAGGAAUAAACUCAAUGAGCUCAUCGGUAGCGGUUAUUUGCUGACAAGAAAUAGUAUAUUUUGUCUUAUCGUUGUCCAUCGGCGGAUGCCUUUGUCUCGUUUUCUUAAAAGCGUUACUGUAGCUUUUGGUCUCCUACCGGAGUAGUUAAGAUCUGUUGAG